AUGCUGAAGGCAGAUGUGCUUGAUGCCUUGCUGCUUGAUGCUAUUGUGCUAACGCUAGGAGGCGCGCUAGAUGCUGCGCUGCUAGAGCUUAAGACCACAUUGGAAGAGGACAACUUAGCGCUGGAGCUGGAAGGCGUGGUGUUGGAGCUGGAUACCAGGCUGGAAGAUGAAGAUUUGGUACUUGAACCGACCGAGCUGGAGCUUGAAAUUUUGCUAGAAAUUACAGAUGAGCUAGAAACAAUGGGUGCUGAAGAGCUCGAGCUUGCUUUCGUCGAUGACAUAGAGUUGCUAGACGCUUUUGCAGAUGAGGAGCUUGGACCCACGACUGUACCGGCAGCUGAGGGACAGGUGACGCCGGAGCUGGCGCUAGUGCUGCUAGAACUAGAGCUUGUGGUAGACGCUUUCGUCAAUGAAGGGCUGGAAGUAACGGGAGCCGCCGAGGAGCUUGUCAAUGCUUUCGACGAGGAAACAGCACUGGAUGGUGUACUAGAUGCGGUACUAGAUGCGGUACCAGAUGCGGUUGUCGACGGCUUUGUAGCAGAGCCAGCACUAGAUGGGGUAUUAGAUGGGGUCGUGGCAGAUGCCGACCCUGAUGAAGAGCCAGAUGCGGCCAGAGCAGGAACAGCCGCGCCAGCAAGGACAAGGAGGUAG